AUGGCAUUCAGUGGAAGCCAACAGAAAUGCAAAGCCUGUGACAAGACUGUUCACUUCAUUGAGAUGUUGUCAGCUGAUGGAAUUCCUUAUCAUAAGACCUGCUUCAAAUGCAGUCACUGCAAUGGACGACUUGGGGCAGCACUAAUGCUUGUACAGAUGAGUAACUACUCCUCCAUGGAAGGAGUUUUAUACUGCAAGCCUCACUUUGAGCAACUCUUUAAGGAGACCGCCGGAAAUUUAACUAAGAAAUUCCAACCAUCUGGGAAGCAGAAUGAGCUGGCCAGGACCCCUAGCAAACUCUCCUCAUUCUUCUCUGGCACCCAAGACAAAUGUGCAGUCUGUAAAAAGACGGUCUAUCCAUUGGAGAAGGUGACCAUGGAGGGAGAAUUUUACCAUAAGUCAUGCUUCAGAUGCGUGCACGGGGGCUGCUUUCUUACAACCUCAUCCUAUGCUGCUUUGGAUGGAAAUCUGUAUUGCAAGCCCCACUUUUCUCAGUUGUUCAAGGAGAAGGGUAGCUACAGUCAUCUCACCAAGACUGCUUCGAUUAAGAAAAACGUGGCACCACUGCCACAAACAGAACCAGAAGAAGAACCCAUAUCUGAACCAGACACAGUAUAG